AUGUCGCUCUUCAGGAUGCGUGUCGCCGCCUUUCUCCGUGCCCAUGGUUCUUCCGUACAAGCGCGCGCCGCGCCUCGCCACCCUUCUCGUGGCCUGGCCGUGGCCUGGCUGGCCUCGUUGCUGGUCCUGCCGGCGCUGGGACUCGCUGGUGACCCGGUUUACUUUGUGGCCAAGAUUUUCCCCCUCUGGCUGGUUGUCACGUUCGGCGCCUACUCGGGGAUUUCCAUCGGCUGGGCCCUCUUCAUGCUGGAGGAUUGCCCCAAGGCCUAUGUCCACACCCUCAAUGACAUCCUGGCCGCCCGGUCGGAUUUGGCCAAGAUGGGUGUCAAUCUGGAUGCCGGGAAGGUGCCCACCGAGGCCACCGAGUAG